AUGGCUCCGUGGGUUAGACGAGUUUUUAUCCACAUACUUCCAAGAUUGCUGGUUAUGCGGAGGCCUCAUUACCAGCUGGAUAGAAAAAGUAUGAGUUCAAGUCAUCGUAUAAUGGUUCGUACCUGCAACGGUCUUGAACUUAGAGAUCCCGGAAUAUACUCUGAUUCUGGAAAUAUUCCAGAAGAUCCUUCGGGGUUAUUCCCCAGUGCGAGCUCCAGGGACGAGUUAACCCCAAGGGAAUUAGAGGCAGGUGCCAUAAGCGCCUGCAGGAUCCAUGGUACAACACCGCCACCAGGUUUAAUUCAGCACCUUGCCGAAGAUCUAGGACAUGAUGUUGGUCACGACCUGGGAAUAUCCUCUCUAGAGGAUGCGCUAUUCUUGGAAGAACAUCCCUGGCACCACUGCCCGGAGGUUCAUAAGGCAAUAGACGGCGUCAGAUUUAUUGCUGAUCACACCAGGAGAGAAGAGGAUUCUACAAGAAGGGACGACACACGACGUGGACUGAUGGAGCUGCCCCGGAUAGCGCUACUACGGACCAAAUUCCUCAAGUUAUACAUAACCAACCGGCGCUCAGACCGCCCUUUGCAGUUUCUAUUUCUUGAUGAAACGUGGAUUUUUAAGAACAGAAAGAACAUCACGUUCUCCUGGCAGGAUCUCAGCCACAAAAGUGUUCGCCGAUUAAAGGUCGAUGGACCACGGCAUAUCGUUCUGCAUGCUAGCAGCAGCAAUGAAGGGUCGCAGCUCAUAUUCGCCUCGAAAUCCAAAACCGGGGAUUAUCAUGGUGACAUGAACGAGGCGAAUUUUCUGAAGUGGUUCGAGUACCAACUACAGCUGCUAAAAGAACCAUCCAUCAUUGUGAUGGAUAACGCCAGCUACCACUCGACCCUGGUGUCGAAAGACCCGAGCAGUAUUUGGAGAAAGGCUAACUGA